CACUAUGUCACCACAUCAUAUUAAUUCAACGCUCUCGAUGGUCCAUUUUAUUGCUCUCGAUUGUCACGCUCAAAUCAGAAUUGAAAACGAAACCAAUUUCUACAUUUUGGGUGUUCAUGUCAAAAUUGUAUGUACAUGCAAAGAAUGAAGACGAUCAUCCGGAUUUUUGUCAGCUUUAUGUUUGGGUAAAUACAAGAAUUAAAUAUUGGGGUCGUCGGUCGAUCGAGGAUUGCCGGAGUUGUUUAGGGAAACAAGCCCGGAUGGAAUCGUCUGGGAGAAGUGUUCCGGAUGCCCACCUUGAGAAGUUUGCUAGGGCAAAGAAAGAACAGCAAUUACUAUAUGACGUCACGGGUGACCUCAUCAGCAGAAUCCAAAAUGAGCUACAUGAAAUGUCAUCGGUUCAAGGUAUUGACUCCUGUGCUGUUCAAAUGAGAGUAGACCACCUCGGAGAAAGGAUUGAGAGUCUGAAAAGUGACUUGUCAAGGAAAAAAAUGAAGAUAGCCUUUUUCGGAGGUACGAGCAGCGGGAAGACCACAACUCUGAAUGCCAUGAUUGGGCAAGAACUACUACCAUCCGGGAUGGGUGAUACAACAAGUUGCUUUGUCCAGAUUGAGAAGAUGACCAACGAUUCGAUUUGUGAAAAUAGCUCCAUAGAAAUCUCACCCGCUAAGGAACAUACAGAGGGUUGCUCGAUUGAGAAAAAGAAAGACCAAUCGUACUUCAUCGUCAGGGAGGUCGAGAACAGAGAAAAGGAAGCUUCGCUUGACUCCUUUUUGGAAAAUAGACAACCUCUCACGAUAAAGGCUCUUACAAAGUUAUGUGAUGUAAAAUCAGGCAGCUCAUUGGAUUCAACCUAUCUGGUAGAAAUACAUCUUUCAGAAGAUGACAUCAAGAAUGAUCAUUUGCUUAACUAUGACCUACAAAUUAUGGAUUGUCCAGGAAUCACAAAAUGUCGAGAGCUCGGUGAUAGAGUGAAAACCUUCUGCAAAGACUCGGAUGUACAUCUCUUCAUUGUGAAUCCAAAGACAGUCAUGUCACCAGAGGAGCGAGAACAUUUUGUUGAAGUAGGAAAACGCCUUUCUAAGCCUGACAUCAUUGUUGGUUUCACCCAAUGGGAUUUAUCAGCGAGAGAAAGACACCCUGAAGAGGUUAAAGCUCGCCAUGUGGACUCAGUGUUUGAGUUGCUUAAAGAGCUCGAUGUCGUAAGUACGAGAAUGGAGGCGGAGGAAAGGUGUUUCUUUUACUCUGGAACAGAAGCACUUGAUUUAGCUCUCAAUGAAAAGGGAUUCCUGACAAGGGGAUGGGAAGAGAGAUUCAAGACAUUCCAAAAUUUUAUGUCAAAAAUUGAGGAGAGGGUGACCACUGCAGGAAUAACUGCCAAACUCUCUAUGAAUCGUGAAAAUUGCCAAGAAGUAUCGGACCAAUGCGUCGAAUGUCUCUCAUUAAUCGAAGGGAAUAUACUUAGUAAGACAUCUGAACUUUCUAAGGAGGUUGAGGCACUAACCAUCCAGUUGCAAUCAUAUAAUGAGAAGAUGGAUGAAUUUAUGCAGGAAAGGGAGAAACUGAGGAAGAAUGCUCUUCAAACAAUUGACGAAUCGAUAUUUCGUUGCAUGACUGAAGUAAGCGAAAAGAUGUCUCAGACGCUGAAAAGAAAUUCAGACAGUGAAGAUUUCGAGGAAGACAAUGUCCACCAGUUUGCCGAGAAUGCGAUCCUGCUGUGGUAUCGUCGGAUCCUAAAUGAAUUUCACCGAGCUACAAACCAUGUUUGUGAAGGCUACUCAUUCGAUGUACGAGAAUCUUAUCUGAAGCACAUGACUAAUUUUCCUCACAACACACCUGGGACCUAUCUUGAAAACCAGGACGAGAACGAACAGAGUACGAGCUCUAUCCUUGGAUCUCCGAUUCCCAAAGCAGCUGUAAAGAGGGUAUUGUCUGAGAUUACUGUCCGCCCUGUUUGGACUUCGUUUGCCACUACUCGUCGACGUCUCAGUUCAGUGGAAACCGACGCUGAACGCAACGUCAUAAUUCGCGGCAUGGCUGCUACUACGGGGGUUUUCUUCAUGCAUGUUCGGCGAUGGAUAAGGGCUUCCAUUGAGCAGAAACUACAGAAGCUUACUGCUUUACAGAAAGAUUCCUUGAUCUGUCCUCAUGUGAGACAAAACUGUCACGAACUAGUAGAAGAAUUCUGUGAUAACACCGAUGAAUAUUAUAUGAAGACAUGCGUUCAAGAAAUACGCGACAGUCUUCAGACACGGAGAGAGAAGUUGGAAGAGAAACUUUCUACACUGAUGAAACAUUCCGAAAGUUUCUCCAAACUCAAGAUUGAGGCAGAUCAGAUGCAGAAGUGUCCGGGAAUGUCAAUAACUGAUUAGUCUAGUGGGCAGAUCACAAAUGUUGUUCGACUCUUGUUACGAUUAUACCAUGUUCCUUUUUAAGCCAAUUCCCGUGUAACCUUUUUACAGUCUAUUAAAUGCUUAUAUUUCUCGUUAUGAAUUUAAAACAUUGGAGAGGAAAUGGCUACAUCGGGCAACAUUGUCGGUUUGUUGAUAAUAUUAUCAUUAAUCAAUAUGAGUUCAGUGACAAUUUGAUAUUAAUAUGAUAAAACAAACACCUCUUAACCACUUCACCAGACAAGGUUUUCUGCCAUUAGCCAAAAUACCAAUUGCCCCUC